AUGCCACGUCAUCCCGAGGUGUACGAGCCGUGCGACGACUCCUUCACCCUCGCCGAUGCCAUCGCCGCGGACAUCGCCCGGUUCUACCCGUCGCUCGCAACCUACGCCAGCGACAACAGCCCGUCAUCCGACCGAGCCCUUCCAUCAUCGAUCUCGCACAAACCCCCCGCGUCCCCAUCCGCACAUCCGCCCACGUCCUCCCACCCUCCACAUGGCCACGUCAUCUCCUGUGGCCAUCCGUCGUUCCCUGCGCUGGUUGUCGAGCUGGGGUCCGGUAGCGGCUUCGUCCUUGCAUCAGUGGCCCUCGUCCUCCGCGCCCUUGCUGCUCCUUCUGCCCCCGCUGUCAUCGGUAGCAGCAGCAGUGCUGCUAGUAGUGCUGGCGGCGCUGAUGGUGCUGGUGCUGCUGGUAGGGAUGCUGGCAGAGGUGCUGCUGCUCCUAAUGCUGUCGUUUCCCUUGCCUCUCAAUCCGCAUUUCUCGCAGUGGACAUUAAUCACCAUGCCGCUGACAUCACCCGACAAACCCUAGCAGCCCACAGCAUCCCGGCGGACGUCCUUUUAUCGGAUCUCGGAUCGGCCCUUAUACCGAGGAUGGCAGGCCAAGUAGACAUUCUCAUCUUCAACCCACCAUACGUCCCCACUUCGCCCCAAGAAGUGCACCGCCCGGGAAUCACGCAAGCCUGGGCGGGAGGGGAUCGCGGGAGAGAGGUAAUCGACCGAGCUUUGGAGGUUUCGGCAGAGCUGUUGUCCCCUAGAGGAGUGUUUUACCUGCUUGUUGUGGCGGGGAAUGACCCUGGAGAUGUGGGGGAGAGGAUGAGAGGGACUCCAGCCAAUGAAUGGGAUAUAUCUGUCUGCUGGGGUUGCAUUUCUGUCUUCACACGCAUCAGGCUCGAUCGCGACCUCUCCCCAUGUCGUGUUGAUACGAAGGAGCAGUGCCCCUUUUUCUAUUGCAAGGUGACGUUGUUGACCUCGCUUCCCCCCGUCCGUCGACUUCACAUCCACCGUCCGGCGCCAUCGCUUCCCCCAUCCGUCGCCCUCGCUUCCCCCUCCCAUCGCCCUCCCAUCCCCCUCCCGUCCCCCUCCCAUCGCCCUCCCAUCGCCCUCCCAUCCCCUCUCAUCCCCCUCCCAUCGCUUCCCAUCCCCCCCCCUCCCAUCGCCCUCUCAUCCCACUCCCACCCCCCUCCCGUCCCCCUCCCAUUCCCCUCCCAUCGCCCUCCCAUCCCAUCCCCAUCCCAUCCCCCUCCUAUCCCCCUCCCAUCCCCCUACCAUCCCCCUCCCAUCCCCCUCCCAUCCCCCUCCUAUCCUCCUCCCAUCCCCCUCCCAUCCUCGUCCCAUCGCCCUCCCAUCCCCCUCCCAUCCCCCUCCCAUCCCCCACCCAUCACCCAUCUCGUCCGUCGACUUCGCAUCCACGGUCUGUCGCCCUCGCUUCCCCCUCCCGUCGCCCUCCCAUCCCCCUCCCAUCCCCCUCCCGUCCCCCUCCCGUCCCCCUCCCAUCGCCCUCCCAUCCCCCUCUCAUCCCCCUCCCAUCGCUUCCCACCCCCCUCCCAUCGCCCUCUCAUCCCCCUCCCACCCCCCUCCCGUCCCCCUCCCAUUCCCCUCCCAUCGCCCUCCCAUCCCAAUCCCAUCCCCCUCCCAUCCCCCUCCCAUACCCCUCCCAUCCCCCUCCCAUCCCCCUCCUAUCCCCCUCCCAUCCCCCUCCCAUCCUCGUCCCAUCCCCCUCCCAUCGCCCUCCCAUCCCCCUCCCAUCCUCCUCCCAUCGCCCUUCCAUCCCCCUCCCAUCUCCCUCCGAUCGCCCUCCCAUCCCCCUCCCAUAUCCCUCCCAAUCGCCCUCCCAUCCCCCCCCCAUCCCCCUCCCAUCCCCCUCCCAUCGCCCUCCCAUCCUCCUCACAUCCCCCUAACAACCCCCUCCCAUCCCCCUCCCAUCCCCCUCCCGUCGCCGUCCCAUCCCCCUCCCAUCCUCCUCCCAUCGCCCUCUCAUCCCCCUCCCAUCCCCCUCCCAUCCCCCUUUUCCUCCCUCCCAUUGCCCUCCCAUUGCCCUCCCAUCCACCUCCCAUCCCCUUCCCAUCACCCUCCCAUCCCCCUCCCAUACCCCUCCCAUCCUCCUCCCAUCGCCCUACCAUCCCCCUCACAUCCCCCUCCCAUCCCCCUCCCAUCGCCCCCCUCCCCCUCCCCCCCCCCCCAUCCCCCUCCCAUCCGCUUCCCGUCGCCCUCCCAUCCCCCUCCCAACCCCCUCCCUUCCCCCUCACAUCCCCCUCUCAUCCCCCUCCCAUCCCCUCCCAUCCCCUCCCAUGCCCCUCCCAUCCCCUUCCCAUCCCCCUCCCAUCCCCCUCCCAUCGCCCUCCCAUCCUCCUCCCAUCCCCCUCCCAUCGUCCUCCCAUCGCUCUCCCAUCCCCCUCACAUCCCCCUCCCAUCCCCCUCCCAUUCCCCCCACCCCCCUCCCAUCUCCCUCCCAUACCCCUCUUCCCCCCUCCCACCGCCCUCUAA